AUGUUGGCCAACUCAGCAAGCGCUACACGAGCAGCUCGCUCUCUCACAGGCCUCGCUCAAGCCUCCCGCACCGCGAUUCGCAGCUCGGCGCGAACCUCGACCCUUCCUCGUGCCUUCGCGACUUCGUCUCGAUGCUUGAGCAAAGACGACAACCGAGGCAAGGCCAGGCCGCUUGAUGGCCUUCCGUUCGCUUCGACCAAAGACGACGUCAUCGUGCCAUACCCAGAAGAUAGCUCGCGUGACCCUCGCGACGAUGUUGGACACAACACCACCGGAGGCCGUGUCGGUCGACACUCACAGCGCACUCUCGCCAGCUUCUCCAUGGAGAACAAGGUCUGUGUAGUCACUGGUGCUGCUCGAGGUAUUGGCAACUUGAUCGCACGUACCUUUGUUGGGUCUGGUGCCAACCAUGUCGCCAUUGUCGAUCUGAACGAGGAAGAGUGCAAGCAUGCCGCCAAGGAGGUCGAGGAGUGGUUCCUCAAGCAGGGUGGAGUGAAGCCUGGCGAACUCGACAUCCAAGGCUUCGGCUGCGACAUCUCUGACGAGGCUCAGGUGCAAGAUGUCGUUGGUCGCAUCCACAAGCGUUUCGGCAAGAUCCAUGUCGCUGUCAACUCGGCAGGUAUCGUCGAGAACUUCCCUGCAAUCGAAUACCCAACGCCUAAGCUCAAGAAGCUCUUUGACAUCAACAUUAAUGGAUCCUACUUUGUUGCCCGCGAGGUCGCCAAGAAGAUGAUGGACGACAAGAUCAACGGCUCCAUUGUCAUGAUUGCUUCCAUGUCUGGUUCGGUCGUCAAUGUGCCUCAGGCUCAGGCUCCCUACAAUGCUUCCAAGGCGGCAGUCAAGCAUCUAGCCAAAUCUAUGGCUGUUGAGUGGGCCAAGUCAGGCAUCCGUGUCAACUCUCUUUCACCAGGCUACAUGCUCACUUCGCUUAGCCGAGCUGUGCUCGAGAACAGUCCUAGCGGCAAGGAGCUCCGUACCACUUGGGAGAAUUUGACUCCUAUGGGCCGUCUCGGUGACCCUGAAGAUCUGAAGGGUGCUGUUGUCUACCUCGCCAGUGACGCUUCCGCUUUCACAACGGGAGCGGAUCUCAUCGUCGAUGGCGGCUACACCUCUGUGUAA